UUCAGGUGCUUAUGAGGUACAAGAUUGAUGCAGAGUAACAAAAUAACCAUUUCAUCACAAUACCAUCAGUACAAUACAAUACUUCCAGUACAAUAUUAUCAGUACAAUAAAAUAUCAUCAGCACAAUUCUAUAAGUGAAGAAAUUUUCCAAAAUUCACAUGAUUAUAACGUUACGAUCUCAAUAUGAAGAGUUUAAGCUUGUGCUGCUAGGGCUACUCGAGACAAGUUUUAUUGUACAUUAUUGUACAUUUUAUUGUACAUUGUACAUUGAGUGAUACGUAUCACAUAAUGGGAAAAUGUCGCGUGUAUAUGAUAUGUACGUUCCUGGCAUAUCUUCUAUUUAUCGUCAUGCUUCACACGCAGCUGGAACUUUUCGAUAUAACGCCUAAUGACACAUUAAUAUAUGGCAGUGUCCAUGAGAAACAAUUUGACACUUACAAACAACGUGAGACUUACAAAGAAGACACAUUGGAUAACAAGGUAACUGUAACUACAAAUGUCACUAGAUAUCAACAUACUGUAAUUCAAAAUCAACCAAAAUCAGAAGUUACAGAAAAAAUUAUCAAGUUUAAUAAGAAGAUAAAUCUUUCCUCUAGUCAGUAUGAGUUCCCGCUGACGGAAGAAUGCAACAAAACCGAAGACACCAAAAAUCCAUUGUACUUCCGUGAGCUAUAUCCAAUGCUGUAUCUUUAUUCUGCUUAUUACGAUGAAAGAGUAAAAGAAACCGACGGGCAGCAUUAUAUAAGAUUAAUUUCAUUGGUUAAAAAACACCAUCGGAUUAAUCUUUUCUGCCAUUUUGAAUUACAAGGACAACAAAAUCUCAAAUCGAAGUAUGUUUGGACAGAAGUAGAAUAUUACGAAAUGUGUGAAAAUCAUGGUAAAAAAUUUGGCGGCUAUAUUCUGUCGUGCAAGGUUCCUCGUGAAGAACUUGGACAUAUUCCGUGUAGCGUGACAAUAUCAAGUGUCCACCCUCUCAAUCCUACAGUCCCAAAUUUGACGAUUCCGAUAUUCUCAUUAAGUCAGGAAAACAUGACACACCCAAAGAAAGAUUUUGGUGUAUGUAUACCACCAUUAUUUGGCGAUCAAGAUGUAACGAAAAUUGUGCAGUUUAUCGAGUUAACUCGAAUUUUAGGUGCUAGUCAUUUUAUACUGUAUAUCGCAGAGAUAAAAAAUGAACUCCUCCAAAUUUUGCAAUAUUAUGAAUAUAUAGGGAUAUUAACACUGAUACAAUGGAAAAUGCCUGUACAAUCAAAAAUGGUAUGGUAUAAUGGACAAUUGCUAGCGAUAAAUGAUUGUCUCUAUCGCAGUAUGAGAUAUUUCAAGCAUGUAAUCUUCAACGAUCUGGAUGAAUUUCUAGUCCCGAGAGGUGUCGUAAAUUGGAACUCAAUGGUCAAACAACUGCAACAGAAUUACACAAACCGAAAUGAUAUUGCUGGAUUUUCCUUCAAAAGUGCAUUUUUUCCUAUAAACACUGGAUUGCAGACAAAGGGUACAUUCCAUCAUAUAGAUAUAACGCAGAGAGUAAUCACAUUAAGCUCAGUCCGACGUAAGGUCAUGGUUAACCCCAGAAAUAUCUUUGAAUUGGGGAUCCAUCAUAUAAGUCGGCCAUUUGCAAUGAGGCAUCAUGGGAUAGCAGUCAAUGAAAAAUAUGCCAUUUUACACCAUUAUCGUAAAUGUACCAGUGAAUUUGAUAACGAAAUGAAAUGCAAGCGCUUAGUGAAAGAUUCUACGAUUUUAAAAUAUGCAAAUGAACUGAAACAAAACGUAAAUGCAGUGAUGAACGAUUACAGAGAAACAAUGAAGUAUGUCUCGAUCUCUCGUAAUUUGUCCACAAUAUCAGUGAUCCUGUAGAAGGUCUGAUUUCUGUAAAAGUAAUUGUAAAAUCUGAUAAUAUUUACCGAUAUGUCAAAACUGAACAGAUUAUCUCAUUAAUUGUCUGGAAUUAUAAAAAAAUCAACAUUUGAUGACAUUAAUUGAGUUUAUGAUUGUUGACUUUAUUCAAUAACAGCUUUUGUAAUAUUUGCAUUUCUAUUCGAGGAUAUGACGGGGACAAUGUCAAGGCCAAUAGCCAGCUUUUACCAGAAAUUGGCUCAAAUCUACAACAUUUUGCCAAUGGUACUAAAAAUGUCACUCAAGAUUAUAUAGAUGCCAAUUUUGGCCAAACUAGGACCGAAUUUUCCCAAAAUAUGCCACUUUAUGCAAAAAUUCUCAAAGGCAUAUUUUCAACAAAAAUAUGAUAAUAUACUCUGAUAUUGUGCCUCCUCAUGCAGUUACUAAACUACUAUGUGUACUGGUGCUAUCGUUUCUUUCAUGGAACAACCAUUGGUUCUUUUUAUUAAACACAGAUGUAUAAUAUACACU